AUCUUCCAUUACCAUUAUGACUUUUAAGAUUGAACGAGAAAAUGGAAGGGGAGUAUCCUUGCUUUCAAACGUGGCUGACUAAAAUACUUUUUCGGUUCCGAGCAUGCCCAGCACCAUUACCACCGUCACCACACCCAAGACGAGACGUGAAGGCUCCGAGCGCUGCCGCUGAUUCUACAACUUGGCUUGUAAAAUAUUGUGAAUGCGGAAAGAUAAAUGCAGGCUCUGACUCUAUUGGAAAACAAGAUUUAAGAGUUACUAAUCUGAUCUUCCAUAGAAAACAACACGGGAAGGUGAAAGUGGGGAAACACACAACUGGAAGAUAACAGGGGAAGAAGGCAUAGACCAAAAGAAAUUAAUAAAAUGAAAGAAAACAAAGGAGGAGAGAAGCCUGAAAAUUUCGCUCCCACCUCUCUCCUACUUUCUGGGUUUUCUUCGACCUUUUGAUGACCGUUGGGAGCAAGCCUCCCUCGGUAGAGGCGGACCACUGCCUCAAGCCACCGGACGGAUCGCCGGCGACGACACCUAGCCAACCCAGCAAGCGUGCCAGAGCCAGCGGCGGGGAUGGAUUCCUUGAAGAAGAUGGUAUGGAUUUUGCAAUUGUAACAGCAAGAGGCACCGAUGAGGAAAAUCUGCAGGAGGAAGUGAACUUUAAUGUAGGGAACAAGGAAAGUAAGCCAAUGGAGACUGAUUCGGGGGGAACAAAGCUCUCAUACAAGGAUUCCUUCCUUGGAAAUGGACCGCCAGAAGAGAUCCCCGAGGGAGAUGACCUGAUGUCUGAUGAAUCUGAAGGAGAGGAGGCAGAGGACGAUCCCGAUUGCCCCACUAUCCGGCUUAAGAAAAGCACUGAUGCGCGAAUCCGUAAUCGAUGGAAGCGUGCAAUCACUUUUCGUGUUCUGGGUAAGGCCUUCCCCUUUGCUUUUAUCCACCGCAGAAUUCAUAAAAUGUGGGCUAAAACAGGAGGGGUCAAGAUUGGAGACAUAGGAAAUGGCUAUUUCCAGGCGAUAUUCGAUUCGCAGCUUGAUCACGAUCGUGCUUUGUAUGGGGGUCCAUGGACCAUUGACGACCACUACAUUGCCUCUGAACCGUGGCGCAUUGACUUUGAUCCUGACUUCGACUCCAUUAACAGAGCUUCAGUCUGGGUCAGACUUCCAAGGUUACCUCUAGCAUAUUUUGAUGAAGAAAUUCUUUCCGAUAUUGGAGAUAAGCUGGGUAGAGUGGAAAAGAUUGAUUUCAACACGGCCAAUGGAUCAAGGGGGAAUUAUGCUCGCAUCUGUGUGGAAAUAGAUCUGAGGAAAAGAUUAGUUUCUAAGUAUCGGAUCAAAAGAAGGGUUAGGAGGGUGGAGUAUGAAGGACUCCAUACUGUUUGUUUUGGGUGUGGGCAUUAUGGCCAUGUCGAGGACUCCUGUCCACAGGGCUCUCAGCGUGAGACAUCAUCACCCGAGGACCGAAUGAAGGCUAGUAGUAAACCAGCUGAGCCAGAAAUCAGACCUGAAAUCUUGGAGGAUUUUGGGCCAUGGAUGUUGGCCACAAGGAAUCGGAGGAAACCUAGGCCUAAAGUCCAACAACAAGCAGGGGGAAAGGUGCAAGGAGAAGAGGAUCAGAAGAAAGAAACUUCAGGAUCCAGGUUCAAUGUAUUGGAAGAAGAAUCUGAAGAGGGAGAAAAGAAUACUCAAGAAGCUCAGGAAGAGGAGGAAACUACUACCACAGGAGAGAACAUGGAAGCAGAUAAUGGAGCGGGGAAGGAGAAUAGUCAAGUGGAAUCAAGUAGGGAAAAGGAAAAAGAGCAGCAAAAGGAAAAUCAGAAACAGGAGAAAAAGAAGCAUAAGGAAAAUACGGAUGGAGAUCAGAAUAGGAAACCACACCAGAAAAUGACACCAGAACAUCUUAAAACCAGCUCUAAACUGGCCAUGGAAAAGGGAGAGGAGGCUUCAAAAUCUAGAGCCAAGCUGAGUUCGGGAGAGAAGAAACAAGAGGGCCAAGUCAGUAAGAAAGUCAUGGCAUCAGGGACCAAGGGGCACAAUGUCAGCCUGCAGGCUGAUGUCCAACAUACAUCUACGAGUAUGGCUAAUCAAGCCAAACAAAAAAAUGGCACGGGGAAAGAAAGCUCCAAGGAUGCCAAGCAAGGUCAUCAACCAAAAAUGAAGGAAAUGAGUCUAAAGAAUGGAAAGCAAGGUAGAAGCCCUGAGAUGAAAAAUAAACUGUCACCAGAAAAUGUGAAGCAUCCUCCCCGCAGAAUCAGCUUUGAAUCCAAGCAGGAAGAGGAAGCACAGAAACCUGAAAAUGCUAUCCAUGAUCCCAAAGCUAAUUGCAGUGGAGAAAUGGAUGGGACGGCUAUGGCCGUUGACCUCGUCUAAGUUUCAACCUUGUGUUGAGGGAAGGGAAGUACUCACUAAUCUGUAUAAUGAUUAAAGUCUUCUCUUGGAA